AUGGAUCCGAAUGCCAUCGACAACUCCCUGGGAACCGACGGGUCUGAUAGCGAAAACCUGCUGGCAUCCAACCGGCCUCCCGUGCGCUCGCUUCCUGAUGUGCGCAUCCCGCGCUCGAAUGGCGGACGAUCUGACAGGAUCGCCGAACUCGCCGCUUGGGGCGCUUCCGGCAGCGGCAAGGGCAAGGGCCGCCCAUCCGGAAGGGGCCGUUUUCUUUCUGCCGGACGAGGAGGCGGGCCGGCGUCUGGUGCUGCCGCCACCUCAGCGGCAGCUGCUCGAUGCAUCGGAGGUGGUCCUUCUCGAAGCGUGGGAGUAGGUGGACAACUUUACGCCAGGCGGGCGUCCACCGGUUCGGCGGGAGGAGCCAGCGCUUCAACCACCGGGGCGAGGACUACGAGCUUCCGCAGCUUGGGCCAAGCUACGCGUGACGCGCGCCAGCACCAGGCGGAGGUGCAUGACACCGGUGUUGGCGGCGUCGCCACCAUCAACUGCCAGGUGACUGGACAGCAGCUGUUCGCAAUUAAUACCUUGCUUCACCGCGUCAUGUGGCGCUACACCAAGGCCCACAUGCAGUCGACACGCGAGGACCUGUUCGAGUGGCAACUGGUCGGCGAGGACCGGCUUCACGAGGACAGCCUCGCGCAGAUCGGCACACUCGAGAGCGUCGUGUGCAAGUGCACGAGGAAAGCGAGGGCGUGGGGGAGGCUUUCCAACGGCGGGUACAGCUCCACAAACGCGAAGGCAUUCCAGGUAGGAUUCUGGUACUCCAUGCUCCAGUUCAUGACGGGUCCGCGUCGCCACGCCUCCGGAAUCCUGACGAUCCCAAACUCGGACUACGGGAACCCCAAGAUCAUGCGCUUCCUGUCCCCACACGCCGGCGGCAACGACAACCUCGUCGUGGAGGAGACCCCGGCCGAAGACGUCCACGUGGAGGACUCCGAUCUCGGCGCAUAUCUCGACGAGAUGAACUGAUCGUUGUGGUUGAUUGGUCCUUCACAAGCGCAGCAUCUGCAUGGGUCGCGGAAUUGCUGGCAAAUGUUCUCGGGCGUAUCGCUUGCUGUGGUGUUUGGUGGGGAGCAGGUUUGUUGCAGCGUUCGGCAUUAUUUUUAGUUCGUCACUGCUGUUCCUUAUCGAGGAACGCGUGAAGCGCUUGGAGAUCGAUACGCGCCGGCGCACCCUGGACGUGGUACACACAACGCAGAAAUGUUUUUCCGUGUCGCCGGGGGUAGGGACACCUCAAGUAUUGAGGUGUUUCGCGGACAAGGGGCCAAGUAGGUUCGCUCGAGCUUGAUUGAACUCAUUGAGUUUUUAGUCUAUACGCACAAUAAAGUGUCGGCCGGAGCGUGUACAUGCCAGACUAGUUGCGUGGACCUAAAAGCAUGGAGUGCAAUUGUUUUGGUGGUUGGAACUAAUUGUUUUCUUCUCCGUGUUUUCUUGGAUCUUUUUUUCUUGGAUCUUCAUCGAGCGUGUGGUUCAUCAUGCGUACUGAUUUGCUUGGUGCACGUAAUGGACAUGUCGUGCACAUUCACAUUCCGCUGAAAGUGUGGCAAUCAAGUUGGGGUUGUGAGCCCCACCAUUGCAUUUGCGUGAUGUUUUUUGGGUUCUGUGACGAGCAUCGGGCACACUCUUAACAACAUUCCUAACAUUCUUCAUGUGGAUUCGACCCUGACGCAGAAAUGAUUGUUUGCAGGAUGCCGAGUCGAUCUGUGCAGAGGAUGCGCGUGAUAAUCGUGUCGGCGUUGGUGCUGUACGAUUGAGCGACGACAU